AUGUCUCAAUCACCGUCUCAAUCACCCUUCGUCUCGCUCAUCACCACUGUCAUGGGAAUCGUCCCCAUCGGUUUCGGCAUCAACGCCAUCCUGCGUCCCGCCCAUGCCUUGACCUUCUUCGAGUUUGAACCCCCUGUCGCUCCUCUUGACCGAAGGCUGGUUGACAGUCUGAUGGUGGUAUACGGUGUGAGAGAUAUUUUCAUGGGCCUCGCCGUCUACGCUGCGGGAUUUCUCGGCACUCGCAAGUCCCUUGGUUGGACGUUGAUCGCAACCAGUGCUGUCGCGAUGGCCGAUGGGGCCGUGUGUUGGAGCAAUGGUCAUGGACAAUGGAAUCACUGGGGAUAUGUUCCUGUCAUCGCUGUCAUUGGGGGACUCUUGGACCGGAGUUCUAUCUUCAAGGAUUCGACGAAACACUCGAUCGGACAUCGCUCCCAGGACUUUUCCUCUCAGAUCACUUCCUUGAGCAUCAUCACCAUGGUUGGAUUCGACAUGCACGGCCUGACCCCUGCCCCGGUCACCCCGUUUACUCCUACGGGAGAGGUCGACUACGAUGCCAUUCAGCGACUAGGCAGUUGGCUUGGUAGCAUCGCCGGCGUCAAGGGCCUCGUCGUUCUCGGACACGCUGGUGAGGGGACAUUCCUCACUCCCGAAGAGCAAGUUUCGGUGAUCAAAGCCUUUGUCAAGUCCGUCAAGAACAAGAUUCCUAUCAUUGCCGGCAUCACAGGGGAAGGCACCGAGGUAGCGGCCCUGGAAGCCAAGCGAGCCAAGGAGGCGGGAGCGGCGGCAGGUCUCCUGUAUCCCUCUCACGGAUGGCUACGCUUUGGCUACCAGAACGGCGCGCCUCAGGAUCGAUACAAGCGGGUAUACGAGGUCAGUGGCCUCCCGCUGAUCCUCUUCCAGUAUCCGGACAACACCAAAGCCACGUACAGUCUGCAGACGAUGCUCGACAUCGCGGCGCAGCCUGGCGUCUUCGCCAUGAAGAACGGAGUGCGCAACAUGCGUCGCUGGGAUACCGAGAUCCCCGUCAUCCGCCGAGAACGUCCCAAUCUCCAGAUCCUCAGCUGUCACGAUGAGUAUCUGCUGCACACGGCAUUCGACGUCGACGGCUUCCUCGUGGGGUACGGAAACAUCGCCCCCGAGCCUCUUAUCGAACUGAUCCAGGCCGGCAAGGCCAAGGACUACAAGAAGGCACGGCAGAUCCAUGACCGAUUGCUCCCAGUCACAAAGAGCGUGUAUCACCGUGGAUCCCACAUGGAGGGCACAGUCGCCCUCAAGCAUGCCCUCGUUGCUCGUGGGAUCCUGACCCACGCCACUGUCCGUUCCCCCUUGCUGCCUCUUGAGCCUGGCGCGGAGCAGGAGAUUCAUGCUGCCAUCAACGAGGCCUCGCUUUCUAUUAUUGCGAGACACUUGGAUUGCACCUACGCGAGCAAAUAUGCAAGAGGACGGCCGCCAACGCCUCAACCCGGGGUGACGCCCGCGCAGCCGGAACAGGGGCAAGAGCCCAGCCGAGAGAGGAGUCUGAGCCCGGAGCGACCCACUGAUCGGUCGGUCCUGUUGUCUCCCGAGAGUGAAGCCAGCAGGGACGCGCGGGAGACUGUUGUUGCUGCGGACGACGGGCUUCCGUCGCGAGCAACCCCCGAACUCGUCAUCGAGGGCCAAUAUUUCGAUCUCACCUCCGGGCUGACGUUCCUGCAUCGCGCAUGGAAGAAGAUACUGCUGCAGAGGGGAACUAUGGCAUUGCACGGGUCGAACGAGGCGGAGAAGAACCAGCUUCUGGCAUCGGCUGGGGAUAGACCGUUCGACCUCGGUGGUGGACAACACCUUGGAUCACUCCUUCAUGAGGCUAAUCCGCGGGAGCUGGUGACCUUCUACUUUGACAACUGUGUCGUGACGUACCGCUUGUUCCAUCGUCAGACUGUCGAGAGCUGGCUGGCCCUCUUCCUAGAUGAUCCGCAGCGCCGUGGUGCCAUCUCCCGUUCCCUUGGCAAUGCAAAGUGCGCAAUCCUUUUGACUAUCAUGGCGAUUGCGCGGCUACGAAUGGAGAAUAUUCACAGAUCUGGCUCUGCAGAACGCGAGCAGUCCGGUCUGAGGGACAGUGAUUGCCUGUUUCAUGCCGCGCUGGAAUUGACCGAUACAGAAAUAGGAUUUCCCCGCCUGGAAUCCGUGCAGGCCCGACUCAUCCAGGUGCUCUAUCUCUUGCAAACCUCGCGGAUGAACAAGGCAUGGUAUACACUGGGCCACGCAUGCCAGAUCAUCUCUUCCCUCGGUCUGCACCGAAGGGGGCCCCGGAAACAGGCCGGCCCCCCCGCUGGCUGCGCAGACUACAUCAGCCUCCAAUGUGUCCGACGGGUCUUCUGGGUGACCUACACAAUAGACAAGUACCUCAGCGUGGUGUUCGGCCGCCCACGCUUUCUUCACGACGACGACAUUGACCAGGAAUUUCCCGACUUGGUGAAUGACGAGGACAUGGGCCCGCAAGGCCCCGUGGUCGUCGAUUCCGUGCAGGAGUGUCACAUUCAGGCCUUGAUACUACAUGCCAAGAUUGCCCGAAUCAUCGGCCGUAUCUCAAGAGAGGUCUACUCUGUGGCCGUCAAGGAAGAUGACGAUCGGGUGUGUACUGCGCGUCGUCUCGCAGAAGAAGUGCGUGCGUGGCGCGCGACUCUCCCUCCGCACCUGGGGACCGUCAGGCCCUCCGCAUUGAUCCCAAGCUUUCGUCGCGAGGCCAUAGCGCUCCAGCUGGCUUACUCCCACGCCCUCAUUCAUUCGAACCGGCCCUUUCUACUCGCCGCAAGAACUUACUUCGGCGGUGACCAGGAGGUGGAACGGAGAGUGGACGAGUGUAUACGCGCGGCAAAGGAAGCAUUGGAGAUGGUAAACUCGAUGGCGGACGACAGUAACCUGCUCCAUGCUUUCUGGUGGAUGCCCUAUGUCAUCUUCUGCGCGUUGACCGUCGUGUAUGUCUGGGAAAUUCAGGGUAGGAGAGUUGAUAGCCUCGCGGAGGACAACGGGGAAUCAUUCCACACUCGCCUAUACGGACUCGCAGAAGGAUGCCUCACUCAUCUGCUCCAAGCAGGCUCGACUGCAUCUCCCAGCCGUCGUUACGGAUUGGUGCUAGAAGAGUUGAAAACCGCGGCCCAGCGGCAAAUGGCAGGAAACAACAGCCUUUGCGUGCAAGCAUUGGCAGAAAGUCGUGAUCAGACAUUAUUUCCCAACAUACAAUUGCCCGGGCAGUCAUUGGCAGAGACACUUUCCUCGCAGGCAAAUACGUACAGUACUCCCGUAAGCUCGCUGGACGCGUGGCAAUACACAAACUGGCUAGAUUUUGACUCUUCGGUAUUCGACCCAAUUCUGAGCGACAUCGAUCUUCUGGCGUCAUGGCCGUCUUCGAACCUCCAGUCAACACCCAAUUGCUUUACCUUUCCGUGCCCAUAG